CCAUUUUGGCUCAAGUUCGGAGGCGGCAGGCCACCGGCCAGACCCCGUCCUUUUUGCGCUUCGCGGCGCGCCUUGGCUCUCCCGUCGGAUGCCCGCCACCAUCAGCGUGAAGGUGUUCAGCCCCCAGGCCGAAGAUCGGACGGCAAGGGCGCAUUCUUCUGGGAUUUGGGGAAUUCCGGAGGGACCCUCGAGCUGCUGACGAUCAGCGUGACGAGUCAGAGCAGGGUCUCCGAGGUGAAGGGCAGGAUUCAGGAGGCGUGCGGCACGCCCACGGGGCAGCAGAGGCUGCUGAUGUCUGGCUGCCCGAUGGAGGACGGCCGCACCAUGGCCAGCUACGGGAUGAACGAUGAAGGCGAGGUGGCUGGCCUCAGCCUCUGCCUGCACAUGACGCCGACGGCGUGA